GCCAGAGCUCAGAGGAGGCUGGAGUAGGGAACAGGAGGGCUGUUUGUGCUGCUGGAACUGCCUUUCAUCCUUCCCUUUGCCACCAGGGUGCUGGCUACUUUCUGGAGCAGCGUCUUCACUCCUAUCCAGCUCUUGACACUGGCCCUCGUUCCCUAAGGUGGUGGCCUCCUCUAGGCCCAACCAGGCUGAUGGCCAUACCUUGCCUUCGGUGCUAUUCCUUUCUGUUCUUGGAAUUGGGACCUGACUGUGCCUGAGCCCCUUGGAGCACACUCAGGGGCUUGGGCUGAUGGCCCCUUCUCUCACAAGGUUUUAAAGGAAGGCAAAUGAGUCUCAGCUAAGGGAGGAUCCAGCCUGCAGAAAGAAGCCCCAGGGGCUGGCUGGAGGGGUUGUUGAGGACCGUCUGAGCUGGCUGGAUACCUAGCCCUCUCCUAAAUUAUCUCCCCAUCCUGGGCAACUUCCAUGUACCCUCUCCUUAUUGACCAUAUGCUAUACAUCAGUAUGUGUCCCAGAAGCUUUGAGAAUGUUCUGCCUCAUCCCCAUAGUAACAUAACCAGGAGAAACGCCCCUGUCAGUAGGCCGCACUCAUGGCAUGUGGCCAAGCUGCUGGAGGGAUGCCCUGAAGCGGCUACCACCAUGCAUUUCCCUUCUGAAGCCUUCAGCUUGUCCUGGCACUCCGGCUGCAACACGAGUGACGUGUGUGUGCAGUGGUGUCCACUCUCCCGGCACUGCAGCACUGAGAAAAGCAGCUCCAUUGGCAGUAUGGAGAGCCUGGAGCAACCAGGCCAAGCCACCUAUGAGGGCCAUCUCUUGCCCAUUGACCAGAGCACAUACCCCAACCAGCGUGACUCAGCCUAUAGCUCCUUCUCAGCCAGCUCAAAUGCCUCUGACUGUGCCCUUUCCCUCAGGCCAGAGGAGCCAGCCUCUGUGGACUGUAUCAUGCAAGGCCCAGGGCCAACUAAAGCCCCUAAUGGUCGCCCUAAUGUGGUCGAGACCUCAGGAGGUGGCUGGCGCACCAGUGGGGGUCACCUGACUCCUAGCUCCCAGAUGUCAUCUUGUCCUCAGGAGGUCUCCCACUCAGAGCCUGCCAAGGCUGUCAGGGGUCCCCCUCAACCUCCAGUGAGGCGAGACAGUCUUCAGGCCUCCAGAGCCCAACUCUUCAAUGGAGAGCAGUGCAGGGCUUCUGAGCUUAUAGAUUCCUUGCAACAGAAGGAGAAACCUAGCUUGGACACCAUGCUAUCCCCAAGGAACCCUAAUAGGUUCUGCUGCCUCAGCGGGCAAGACCAAGUGACAAAUGAGGGCCAUCAGAACUGUGAGCUCAGCCAACCUCCUGAAUCUAGCCAGAAGGGCUCUGAGCAUCUACUGAUGGAGGCCUCAGCCAAAGCUGUCGGAGUCCCAAAAGCAUAUGACAAAACUUCCAGCAUAGGUUCCAGCCCACUCAACCAGGCUUCAGCAGAGCUAGCUAAGACUUCUUUUGGCAGCUCUCCACACCUCACAGGACCCACAGGGCAUCGCCAUAGUGCCCCUGAACAGCUGCUGGUGUCCCACUUGCAGCGUGUGCACCUCGAUACUAGGGACAGCAAAGGGACAGAGCUCCAAGCUGGGCAGGAUGGGCAGGAGUGGACUCUAUCCCCUUUGCACAUGCACAGUAGCCACACAAGCAAGAAAAGCCCAUGUGCCCCUGCAGGAGGAACCCAGGACCAGCUGAGCAAAGAGAGAAAGACCAAGCCAGUGGAUGAUAGACCUCUGGGUUCAGGUCAUCAGAGCCCAAGCAGUUCUCCACAUGGAGAGGCUGAUGGACACCAUCCAGAAAGAGGUUUCCAGGAUCCAAACAGAGCAAGCAGAGCUGACAGUGAACUGGUCAGCCAGCAGUCUUCUGGCUCCCUUGCUCAACAAACCAGGGACUGUUCUUCAAACCCUAAAGUAGCUGGCAGCACAGAGGCAACUGAGGAAGGGGACAGUGAGCCCAAGGAGUGUGGCCGGGUGGGCAGUAGGCGAAAUGGAGGGUACCGGGGCCGCUCGAUCCAAAACCGGCGGAAGAGUGAACGUUUUGCUACCAAUCUACGUAAUGAAAUUCAGAGGAGGAAGGCCCAGCUCCAGAAAGGCAAGAGUCCCUUGUCACAGCUGUGUUACACCAAGGAGCCAGUGGAAGAGACUGAGGAGACCCUAGAAAGUCCUCCACUUCCUUCCUCUAACUCAGCUCUUCUAUCUUCAUAUAAAAAACCACCAAGCCCCAGAGACAAGCUCUUCAACAAGAGCAUGAUACUCAGAGCUAGGUCUUCAGAGUGCCUCAGUCAAGCCCCUGAGGGUCAAGAAUCUAGGAUUGGCUUGGAGGGACGAGUGAGUCCUGGCCAGAGAUCUGGCCAGUCCUCUUUGAACCCAAACAGCUGGUGGAAAGCAUCUGACCCAUCCUCCUCAGACUCUGAAAAAACAAACGUUCACCAUGGAGUCUGUGGAGGUCACUGGAGAUGGUCACCAGAGCACAACCUGCAGCCACAUGUGGCACUAGCCAUGGAAGGCCCUUCCAACCCAGGUGACAAGGAAUUGAAAGUGUCUACUGUCCAAGCUGGGGAGGAAGCCAUCCUCUUGCCCUUUGCAGACAGACGAAAGUUCUUUGAAGAGAGUAGCAAAUCCUUAUCUACAUCUCAUUUGCCAGGUUUAACCACUCAUAACAAGACUUUUACCCAGAGACCAAAACCUAUUGACCAAAACUUUCGGCCAAUGAGUUCCAGCUAUAGAGAAUUGAGGCACCAUCCCAUGGACCAAUCAUAUCACCCCACAGACCAACCCUAUCAUGCCACAGACCAAUCAUAUCAUUCCAUAUCACCCCUUCAGUCAGAAACUCCCACUUACACAGAAUGUUUUGCAAGCAAAGGUCUAGAACAAUCCAUGUGCUGUAAGCCACUACACUGUGGUGAUUUUGAUUACCACAGGACGUGCUCUUACUCCUGUAAUGUCCAGGGAGCUGUAGUCCAUGACCCUUGCAUUUAUUGUUCUGGGGAAAUCUGUCCUGCUUUGCGAAAGAGAAAUAUGAUUCCAAACUGCUACAAUUGCCGGUGCCACCAUCACCAGUGCAUCCGGUGUUCAGCUUGCUGUCAUAAUCCCCAGCAUGGUACCCUCGAGGACAGCAGCUUGAAACCUGGCAACACUUGGAAAUCCAGGAAGCCGACAGUGCAGGAAUUUCCUGGGGACAAAUGGAAACCAAUAACAGGAAACAGGAAGACCAGCCAGUCAGGGAGGGUUACUGUGCACCUGUGUACCUUGACAGCAAAUAGAGACCCAUCAAGCCACAUUGACAUGGAAAUGGCUCAUUCCAAGGCUAGCUUUUCAUGGGCAACCCCAUUCCAUCCUUGCCUUGAGAACCCAGGACUGGACUUGUCAAGCUACCGAGCAGUCUCUUCUCUUGACCUCCUUGGAGACUUUAAGCACUCCUCCAAAAAAACAGAGGAAGCCUCCGUUUAUGAAGAGGAGAGCUCCCUAGCCUCCAUGCCUCGCCCGCUGCGCAGCCGUGCCUUCUCAGAAAGCCACAUCACCCUGGAUCCUCAGAGCUCCCAGGUCUGGGAGCAGCAUAGGAAGGAGCUCUUCAACAAAGUUGAUGAGACCCAGCCAGAUGCUCUGGGUGCCAGGAAGAAGGCCUUUCCUCCUCCUCGCCCUCCUCCUCCCAACUGGGAGAAGUACAGGCUCUUCCGUGCAGCCCAGCAACAACAGCAGCAAAAGCAGCAGCAAGAGGAGGAAGAAGAGGAGGAGGAGGAAGAGGAAGAAGAGGAGGAGGAGGGGGUAGAGGAGGAGGAAGAAGAGGAGGAAGCGGGGGAGGAGGAGGAGCUGCCACCCCAGUAUUUCAGUUCAGAAACCACUGGUUCUGGUGCCUUCCAUCCUGAGGAGGUCCUGGAGCAGCCCCAGCUUCCGGCCUUUGGCCACCUGGAGGCCCCAAGGCAGGGCUCACAAAGCCUCCCAGCAGAGCCAGGAUCCUUUGCUCUGCGUUCCAGCGAUUUCCUGCCUCCAGUAAGGGGCCACUUGGGAUCUCAAGCUGAAAAGGCUCAACCCCCUUGUUAUUAUGGCAUUGGUGGGCUUUGGAGGACAUCAGAGCAGGAGACCACUGAUUCCAAACCAGAAGCUUUGAUGGCGGAAGAGUCCAAACCCAAACCAGCUUGGAGCCAGAGCUACUUCUUUCCUGAGGAGCAGUUCUCUUUCAUGGGCUGGGGCUCGGAUAAGCAGCACCUCAACCCUGCAGGCUUCAGUGAACCCAAGACAACAGGACAAGAUUUUCAGCACUUCUCACCUCCUCAGGGGGCCCCAGGGAUCCCUACCUCUUACUCAGCUUAUUACAAUAUUUCUGUGGCCAAAGCAGAGCUGUUGAACAAGUUGAAAGACCAACCUGAGAUGUUAGAGAUUGGCCUAGGAGAGGAGGAAAUUGACCACGAACUGGCUCAAAAAAAGGUACAGCUUAUUGAAAGCAUUGGCAGAAAACUUUCUGUCCUGCGGGAGGCCCAGCGAGGACUGCUGGAGGACAUCGCUGCCAAUUCUGCCCUUGGGGAGGAGGUGGAGGCCAACCUAAAAGCCCUCUGCAAAUCCAAUGAAUUUGAAAAAUACCGUUUGUUUAUUGGGGACCUGGACAAAGUAGUCAACCUGUUGCUGUCGCUCUCUGGUCGGCUGGCACGGGUGGAGAAUGCUCUCAACAGCAUCGAUUCAGAGGCCAACCAGGAGAAGUUGGUGCUGAUAGAGAAGAAACAGCAGCUGACAGGGCAGUUGGCAGACGCCAAGGAGCUGAAGGAGCAUGUGGACCGCCGGGAGAAGUUGGUGUUUGGCAUGGUCUCCCGUUACCUGCCUCAGGACCAGCUCCAAGAUUACCAGCACUUUGUGAAGAUGAAAUCUGCUCUCAUCAUUGAACAGCGAGAGCUGGAAGAGAAGAUCAAGCUCGGGGAAGAACAGCUCAAAUGUCUCAGGGAGAGCCUGCUCCUGGGGCCCAGUAAUUUCUAAUUUCCACCAGCAGACUGCCUACACCAUCCCUGCCCCACCACAGUGGGAAGUGCUUUCAGUCCUUGUUAGCAGUUUAUUAGCAAAGUAGAUAGCAGUUAGUUAGCAGUUUGUUCCAUAUUCUCUCACUGCCCCUUAACCUGGUGGUGUUCCCAACCAGCUAAGAAGGCCUGGGGAGGCCCCAAGCUUCUACCUGAGAGAGAGCAGAAGCAAGAAGUAGGAGUUGAAGCGAAGUGUGAUCAUACAACCACACUGCUUCUCAGGUUGCGUGGCCAAGUACUCACCCCACAACAGAAGCAACAAAGUGCCUUCAUUCUUCUUUGUACUAGGACACCAGGAGCAUCCUGCACUCACCACCCACCCAAACUUUGAAGUCUCAGAGAGCAGUUGCCCAUGCAGCUCCACUCUGUCCCAAGGCUUGUGGCCCACACAUUUCCCAGGGAGAGCUGACUAUCUUGAGGGCUUUACCUACCACCAGCUUUAGGGUCUCACCGCAGCUUUGCAGUAGAAAGCACAGACGGAUAGAUGACAUUUAACAGAAUGUGAGCAAAGGUUGAGAAUCCCCAGGUACCCUACUAGAAGGAGCUAUGCUUAAAGAAGCUGGCUCUACUCCCACCUUCCGCAGCAUCUAACUGAGGGAUAGGAGGCCUAUUUUUAGCCCCGGCUAGUAUGGCCCUCCCCUUGUUCUAAGGCUUUGACUUACCACUUCAGGUUUCAUCUUGCCUUUCAUUACUGGGGGUUCCGUGCCUAUCCUAAAGGCUUCAUACUAUGGGGAAUAGCUCUACUAAAGCUAACUUCUCAAUACAUGUUUUAUUAUCGGAGGAGAGGGGAUUGUUAUAUUUUAAAUGGCCUUUUGAGUUUAUUUAUUUUUAUGUCUUUAUUAUUUUUUUUUCUUUUUUAAACUAAUAAGUUAAGAGGGGAGUUAGAGAGUGGGAAGUUAACUGAGAAAGAAAGUGUUUUCUGCAGAUCAGCCUGAAUCCACCAUCGCUAGGUAAGUGGGCACCAAGGCCUUGAAUUCUUCCCACCAUAGCUGACAAGAGUCUGAGGGAGGAGUUCUCACUUCCAGCUCAGAGCUGUGGCCUGACCCUAUACUUCCCUUGAAGUCUGGAUGACCAUGAGCUUAGAGUUCCCCAAUAGGCUUCAAUUUUUUCUUGCUUACUUUUUCUUGAAACCAAAGAAAGGGACAAAGGUUCACUCAUUUUUUACCAUUUCCAAGCUAAGGAAGGCGUAGAGGUGAGCUCAGGAAGAGCUCCUCUAUCUAAUUGUUUUCUUAGCCUGUGGCCUGGCUCAAGGAAGCGAAAUUCAUUGAUAGCUGGAAGCUCCAGCCAGGGUCAACCCCUCAGAGCAAGUUAUAAUCCAGGAUCUUAGGCACACAGAUAAUGAAUGCUGCUCCUAUGGUGAAGGUCCUAUCACCAGUAGCCAGUUUCUGUCCUGGAAAAGCCCCCAGGUGACUGAUGGCAGGAAAGGAAUUGUGGCCAAACCCUGCCCUGUUAUCCAGCUCAGUUCCCUGUUACUUGUUAACUGGGGCCCAUGCUUGAUAUUGUACAAUGCUGCUCAGACAGCCCAGGCAUCGCUUCUAGUUACUGCUGAGUUCCUCCGGGUCCUUGGAGGUUAACUGUAGCAGCAGAGGUGCCUCAUUCAACCAAAGAAUUUGCCAAGGAACUCUGCUGCUGCUACAAAUACUGGUUGCUAGCUUCUGUUUCCUCUUCAUUGUAUUUGGAAACAAUGGAAGAAUCCUUGCCAGCAGGGUGUCCUGGGGGAGGGGGGGGGCCCUGAAGUACACUGUUGCUGUCAGAACCACUGUUAAAAUAUCAACCCAUCAAGUGGAGGAUUAUACUUUAUUCAGGAUGGCUGAUGGCUUAUGAAAAGGCUAGGUUUAUCUAAGCCAAGGUUGAGGAAUAUGGGGGAGUACUUCGAGUAGAGGCUGUGAUUGCCAUCUUUUUUAUUUUUAACAGGCUCUUAGACAAAGAGUGAGCAGGCUGAGAUGUCCUUCAACUGGGGCAAUAAGCCAAUGUAGCCCAUCAUUCUAAGAUUUUUUCCUUUUUUUAGCCAGAACAACUUUUUGGGAAUAGAGCCCAGGGAAAAAAGUGGCCACUUACAUGGACACCAUGACCAUGGUCUGGGCUUUUGUAGUCCACAUUAGAAUGCUGUGUGCUGUGCCUAGUUGUGUCUGAAUCUUUGUGACCCCAUGGACUGUAACCCACCACGCUCCUCUGUCUCUGGGAUUUCCCAGGCAAGAAUACUGGAGUAGGUUGCCAUUUCCUUCUCCCAGCAUCAGAAUGAUUGUACCUUAAGUGUAUCAGACUAAAGUGGUGUUGGAGAAGACUCUUGGGAGUCCCUUGGACUGCAAGGAGAUCCAACAGUCCAUCCUAAAGGAAAUCAGUCCUGAAUAUUCAUUGGAAGGGCUGAUGCUGAAGCUGAAACUCCAAUACUUUGGCCAUCUGAUGCGAAGAACUAACUCAUUUGAAAAGACCCUGAUGCUGGGAAAGAUUGAAGGCAGGAGGAGAAGGGGACAACAGAGGAUGAGAUGGUUGGAUGGCAUCACCGACUCAAUGGACAUGAGUUUGAGUAAACUCUGGGAGUUGGUGAUGGACAGGGAGGCCUGGCGUGCUACAGUCCAUGGGUCGCAAAGAGUCGGACAUGACUGAGUGACUGAACUGAACUGAAAAAGUACCAUUGACUCUGGUUGUUUGUGUCCCUUAUCCCACCUCCAAUUAUUCUAAAAUUGGAAUCAGAGCACAAGAAGGCUUUCUUCACACAGAGGGUCAAUUUCCAAAGCACUUAAUAAAAGAAUUCCCAAACUGUAUUGAGCAGUGAAGCUUGGCAGACAAAGGUGAACUCCCGGGCACAGAUGCCCCACACUGCUGAUGUGGCAGGCUCACUGUGGUGAUAGCACUAGAAAGUUGCCAAUAGUACUUGAGAUGCAGUGUCUCUUGCCUGUUCUCAUUUCUUGGGCUCAGGCCUCCACCUGCCAGGAGUAGCAGUUUGGAAGGCAGGCUGAGGGACUUCUCUAAAGACAGAGUUAUUGGUCUUGACAUCUGCCUUCUCCUUUCAAAUACCCAUAUGGGCCACAGUGGAUAAUGGGUAAGCACAGUGGUUGAAAUAUAGAGAGGAAUCAAUGUAAGGGGCUCUGGGUAAUUGAGUCUCCUUGAGCCCUACCAGCUGCAGACUCAGCCAGGGUAGAGCAGUAAAUACUCAAGGGGAACCCAAGAGAAAGGACAAGAGACACUGAAAAUAAAGCCCCAGAAAGGGAGAGAGAGAGACUGGAAGCCAAGGAACAGAGAGGGCGAAAAGAUGAAAAGCCACUUUCAAGGGCCAGAUUCAGGUUCUGUUCUCCAUUUCACCUGAUGUGCCAAAAAGCUGCCAAGGGGCACCAGAGCCUCAGCCUUAACCCCAGUCUCCCUAAAGGUGCUCUUCUGCCAGUAGCAGGCCCCAAAUGGAGGAAGCUAGGCGCAUUUCUGGACUACUUCCUCCUAUCUGGGGCUUGGUGUCUCCCACUGUUUUUGCCAAAGGAAUUGUCUAUGCCAGUAAUAUUUCUGUAACAGCGUAUUAUAUUCUUUGCAGAUUAGUAGGUCUUUAGAGGGGGGUGGGGCAGGGGCAAUUUCUGUAGAAAAAGAACAAGUGUUUGUUGUAAAACUGUUGGGGGGGCAUCUAUCCCAUGUGAAGCUAUUAUUUUUCUGAAUUUUAUUGUUUCUACAUUUGUGUCCUCCACCAGUCCCUUCUUGGCUGACAUUGAUAAUGCCUGCCAGAUUGUCAUCAAGGGUCAUGCUUCAAUAAAAGGUGCUAAGGACAAAAAAA